AAAAUCGAGUGGAUCUAAACUCCACCAUUAUUAAUAACACAGACACGGAGGUGAUGUGUUGAGUCAAAUCAAAUCUGAAGCGAAUAACACGAAACUAUAUUGGAUUCAGAGUUCAGACAAAGUGUUUGUUCCAUCCUUCCUUCCGCGUAUCAAACGGGCAAUUUUCACAAGUCAGUCAAUUAUUUCAUACCAAAUGACUCCUUCAUAAAAUAGCCUAUAGCCAUUGACCAAUGACAUACAUAGUAGAAAUUAACAAGUUUCUUCUUCUUCUUCUUUUAUUGAUUUUUUCGUCCAAAUAAUAUACAAUAUUCAUUUUCAGUUUCCCUGACAGCAACAUAAACAAAAGUAGAACAUACACUGAAAUAGUUACCUUAAUGUCUUCGGAUUCUGUUCUUCCUCUGCCUGAAAAUCCUGUCAUUGUUGGAUUUGGUGGGGUUGGCGUUGAUCUUUUAGCAACAGUUGAAUCGUUUCCAAAACCAGACACCAAGAACAGAACCACUCAAUUCAAGGUACAAGGUGGUGGAAAUACCGGAAAUGCUUUGACUUGUGCUGCUCGUUUGGGCUUAAAGCCUAGGAUAAUUUCUAAGGUUGCCAAUGACCCUCAAGGUAGGGCUUUGAUGGAGGAGCUAGAAGCUGAGGGUGUAGACACUUCUUCUUUUGUGGUUUCAAAGGAAGGGACUACUCCAUUUAGCUACAUUAUUAUUGACAACCACACAAAGACGCGCACUUGUAUAUUCACCGAAGGAUAUCCUCCAUUGGUACCAAAAGAUCUUUCGCGUACCAAAUUGUUAUCUGCAUUGAAUGGAGCUAGAGUUGCCUAUUUUGAUGCUAGGAUGCCUGCAACUACUCUUGUCAUUGCUCAAGAGGCGUUUCGCCAGAAUAUAUCCAUCUUAGUUGAUGCUGAAAGGCCAAGGGAAGGAUUGAAUGACCUAUUGAACUUGGCUGAUUAUGUUGUAUGCUCAGAAAAGUUUCCUCAGGCAUGGACAGAGGCAUCAUCUAUACCAAGAGCAUUAGUUUCAAUUAUUUUAAGGCUUCCAAGACUUAAAUUUGUUAUUGCAACUUUGGGAAAAGAUGGCUGCAUAAUGCUUGAGAAAUGUGCAGAUGCAGAGGAUUCUCACUUAGAAGAAGCAGACGUGGACAACUCUAUGAGAUCAUUAACAGUGAGAAAGGAUGAUAGCAUUGUCAUGCCAACCUGCAUUGCCUCGAAUGUUACAAAAUUUAGAGCAGAAGGGAUAGGAUCUGUAUGUGGGAGAUUAUAUUUUGGAACAUCUGAAAAGAUUCCGCCGUCAGAGCUUAUUGAUACAACUGGUGCUGGGGAUGCAUUUGUCGGAGCAGUUUUAUAUGCUAUUUGUGCCAACUUCUCACCAGAGAAAAUGUUGCCAUUUGCUUCUUAUGUGGCAGCUACUAAAUGUAGAGCUCUUGGAGCUAGGAGUGGUCUUCCAUAUCGCACUGAUCCAUCCUUAGCAUCUUUUAUUAACUAACAUAUUUCAGUUUAUAAAUAACUAAUCAUUUAGCUCAAAUGCUUGUAUUGCUUUCUAUGUUUCUUGUUGUAAAUUAAAUUUCAAAGAUUUUUAGUGUAAUAAAUUUGUAAAGCAACAUAAUUAAUAUUUUUAUUUUGGUUAGUAUAUUUAUUUUUAUGUUUUACAUAAAAUUGCAUUCACAUGGAAAUGAUAUAUACACUAUGUCUAUUUAA